AUGACUUCCUCAAAACCUCUUCCGCUUCUAAACCUAGCAGGAAAUUGGGUCAUGUCAUAUAUUGCUCGAUAUGAAAUUGAGGGAACAUUAGAGCUUACUCGAGAGGGCAUUCAGCAACGCCUCAACUGGAUUAUCCGUCGCGCUUUCCAGCAUGUAACAAUCACAUUCACAAUCACCGAGUACGCCAGCAUCGGAGCAGAUUACUCACCGCUAGCGCUGCACGUUGACGUUGUACAUACGGUAACCGGCGGAUUCAACGGUACAACCGAGAAGCGGACACUCGACUGGAAAGUCUACACCCAAAAGGACUACGUUUUCGGGACUCUUAGCGUCCGUAGCCGACGUAUCGGAGGCGUGGAAGACCAGGAUGGCCAAGUUCGACCAGCUCUUGAGCUAGACACACCAAACCUAAGUGAAAGGAGCUACGACUUCCUGAGGGGGGCGGUCUCUGCUGAGGGUGAGCGCGACGCAGGCUUUUUAGUUGAGGAGCUGCCGCAAGAGGAAAUGGGAACUAGUCGUGGAAGUUGGUUGCAUACCGUCUCGCGCAGUGAAGACCUAGGAUGGACCAUGGAGCAGGUAUGGGGCUUCGAAACAAUCCGCGGCGAGCGUUACCACACACGGCGGGUGGUGGUUAUAAACAAAUCUGGUGAUUGUGCCAUGGCCCGGGUUGUAUACAAGUGGCAUAGUGAGAUCCGUGACAAAUAG